AUGUCGAGCGUACUCCCUGCUAGGUACCCCCUGCCCUCAAUCCAAGACCUCGCCAUUCGUGCCUUUGGAAAUUCCGGGGAUGCUUUCAACACGCGCCAGCACGACCCUGCCCUUGCGCGUCUUGAUGACCUGAUGGAGUGCCUGGACAUUGCCGACUUUGCCAAAUGGGCAGGCAAUGUUAGAACAGCAUUGACAGAGCCAGUGUCCCCCUCCUCCUCUUCACCACCCCUUGCUCUUCUAAGUACCCUCUUCCCCCACACAUCCAAGGACAUGCGAACCACCUCCUUUUGCCUGUAUGCGCGGUACCUUGGAGCCUUUUCCUUAAAACAACUCCUCGACUUUGCUUGCCAAUUCCAGUCUUUAUACCCCCGCUCCACCGCUCACGGCCGCUUCUUGGUGCUGGAGGAUGACAAUGCUCAGCAUGGGGGUGCAAGCUUGCGUCAUCUCUUUUACAUUGGCCUCACCACCACCGGCACAGCAGAGACUAGGGCGCAUGAUGAUCUGCAGACGGUGAGCACGCACGCACGCACGCGCACAACUCCAGCGCUCACACAUUCUGCCUCCCUCCCACAGGCUCAGGACAAGAGGCAAGCACCAAGCUUUCUUGGCUGGCUCUUGCAGACUGGCAAGGCCAGCAUUCGAGACCUCCUCGUCUUGAUUGCUGUCAAGGACAUCUCCCCGCUCUGGAGUUCCGAAGAGCUGCACAUUCUUGAAGGCCUUGUCCUCAAGAUCUGCAACCCUUACUGGCUCGCCAACACUGCUGGCGGCAAUCGAGCACCUCGACGUCCCUUUGUGAUUGCAAGCAAUCAUGCUGCGCGCGAUGGGCCAGAGAGUGCCGACUUGAUUCACCUUCCUCUUGGUGCGUGGCCGGUGCCAUUGGACAUCCGCAAGGUGGAGGCAAUCAUGCCUUCUAGAGGACGUGCACGUCUUCUUGUGUUGACGUUGACGGCAACAGGCAAUGCCAAGGAGACUGCCAUCAAGACGCUUCUUCAAGCCUGGCUCAAGAAGCUCGGCACGUCGAGUUCUCGCUUUGAGCUCAUGGUCAAGUCCCCUCGACUUGUCACCGUGGCCGAUUUCCAGCGCUGGGUGAUGGUGAGUGGCGCGGCGCAAAACACGCGAGGCGCGAGGCGCGCGUCAGCAGUUGCGAGCCCCUGCUCACCCCCGCGACUCCUGCCCCCCCACCUACCAGGACGACGAGAUGGAUCACAUUGCGCUAUUUGUCCCUGGCGAGGAUGACUACGCAGAAGUGUUGCGCCUUGUCCGCAAGGCUGCAGGGUUAGGGUUAGGGUUAGGGUUAGGGUUAGGGUUACAUACGGGUUCCCGGGAGGGGCAGAAAAUAAGAUUGGCCCAAUGGAUGCAGAAGGAUGCCCUGAUACUCCUGUCAAAGUUUGAGGCUCACCCCUGGGGGUAUUGACAGAGAUACAGGCAAAAGAGUGA